UAAAGAAGAUAAGAAAUCCAAAGAUAAGACUCAAUUAUAAAAAGCGAAACCCAUGUUGGGGAUGGGUCUGGUCUGGUCGUGAAGUUGAUAUUUCUCCUCUUCCUAUUUCUUUUCUCGAUUCGUUUCUGUCAUCAUCCAUCCCCAAACUCAAUAAAAAAAGAAAGCAUGGAACUUCAAGUUCGACUUCGUCAACUCAUCAUCUUCUUCUUUCUCUUCUUGACCGUUCUUGAACAUGCUUCUUCUUCUCGGAUUUUGAGAAUCGCCAAGCCUGAUAGGCACGAUAUUGCCGCAAGCGCUCGUUGGCUUGUCUCUCAGAACAUUUGGGGUGUUCUCAGCACAUUGUCCAUUGAGCAUGACGGAGCACCUUUCGGGAAUGUUGUGUCAUAUAGUGAUGGCCUGCCGGGCAAAGGCAAGGGAAUACCAUACUUUUACUUGACAAUGCUUGAUCCAACCACAAGAAACGCAUUAAAAGACUCGAGGGCUUCAUUCGCAAUCAGUGAAUCUCCCGUUGGAACUUGCAAAAGAGAUCCUAUGGACCCUACUUGCUCUAAACUAACCCUCACCGGAAAGUUGUUGCAACUGGAUGAAGGAUCUGAGGAAGAGAAAGUAGCCAAAAAAGCUCUAUUCACUAAGCAUCCAGAGAUGAUGGAUUGGCCUGAGGGACAUGAGUUUAGUGUCUUCAAACUGGAGAUAAUGAAUAUAUUUCUGAUAAACUGGUAUGGUGGAGCUAAAUCCAUCACUGUAGAUGAAUACCUUCGUUACAAGGAGACCAAAGUCGCUUCCUUUUUAUGAAAAUCUCAGCUGGAAAUGAGCUAUAGGUAAAGAAGAAGCAUCAUGAAACUUGUAUAUUGAAACGGAAUAAAAUUGUAUCCAGCUCUUCUGUAAAUGACUCUUGUUAAUAGCCUUUCCAUUACUUUCCUGUGGACAUGGUGAAUAUAAAACUAUUCAAAAAUUAUCACAAACCAAAUUCAAAUGUACAAUAUAAAAAUAUGUUGCUAUGAAUAAAAUUUACAAGUGUGCAUA